UCGGGUCCUUGACGUUUCACAACCAUGCGCUGACGGGAACGCGCUGCGCGUCACCCUAGAGAUGCUCAGCGUCUCCCGUGAUCUUGAUGCAUACUGAUCCAAAGGGUGGCAAUAAAUAGAACCCAUUUUGCAGAUGCACAUUGGCCCUACAGAGAUCUGGUAGUAGUGAAGCAAAAAGACGAAGUGGAGCGGAAGAGGGCCUCGGUUUAGUUGCUUUCCGCGCUCAGCCUAGCGGACCAAACUGGAUGCGAUGUGAGCCGAUAGAUGGCCCAGCAAAGACGCGUCUCUGCCUCUGACCGUUUCCUCCCUCGAAACAAGAACAGACGCCUUGCUACAGGAUAAAACCGAGUCAGCCAUGGCUGCCGAUAGCUGCGUGUUGGUGUGGUCUGAUGCGUGUGUCUCUGUGUGUCCCCUCUCGGUGGCAGUCACGCCCGAGGCCAUCGGUUUCCUGUCAGCGGUGGGCGUUUUCGUCAUCCUGCUGGCCAUCCUCUUCCUCUUCAUCAACAAGAAGCUGUGCUUCGCCCGCGUGGGGGGGCUGCCCUGCCUGGAGCAGUACAGCAGCGGCGGACGCGGACGCAAGCGCAAGGAGCGCGGCGUGCACCAGGGCCUGGUGAGCAGCUUCGGCAACGAUGGAGAGCACACCAGCUCUUCCGACAGCGAGGACGACGUGGCGAAACAGUUUGAGAUUUCGGUGUCACGUUCCCAGAGCUUCCGCACGUCAGGCAACGAGGCCAGUGCCACGCAGGCUGCCCCCGGACACCAGCACAAGUUCACCCGCCUGGUGUCGGAUCAGGAAGAUGGCACCACGGAGCCUUCAGACUGUGAGGACGGGGACAGCGUUAGCCAGCGCAGCUUCAAGGACCCCCUGACCUCCUCCAGGCCCGUGUCCCGCUCCGGGGGAGCGACCUCAGACACCCGUCCCAUCCGCGACCCGCUCUCGGCCUGUGCACAGGACGCAGACGCAGACAGGGACUCCCUGGCCUCCCGGGACACAGUCGACGGACGGGAGGAGAGGACUAUGACCACCACCCCAAAUAAAACUACUCCCACCACCCCUGCACUCACCCCGACCCCCACGCCCAGGGAGAGGGCCAGCAGCCACAGCCACAGCCACAGCCACAGCCACAGCAGCAGCAGGGUGAGCAGCAGAGCCAGCAGCAGAGCCGAGCGCAGGGGGAGCGGGAGCGACAGCAGAGCAGAGCGCAGGGGGAGCGGGAGCGGGAGUGGGAGUGGAGCAGGCAGCGGCAGCAGCAGCAGGCCGGCCAGCAGGACGGGCAGCCGAGCGGGAUCAGGCAGCCAGCACCACAGCAGCAGCCACAGCCGCCACCACCACAGGACCAGCACCACCAGCACCCCCGACAGCCUAGAGAUGGCGGAGAGCAGCAUGGCCAUGGACAACCAGGCCUACGACCACGACGGCACCGACAGCUCCUCCACCUGCUGGAGCCCAGAGACGGAGCAGCCUCCAGGGGACCCCCUCUCCGCGUCUCCCCGCACCCCCAUCUCCAAGUGCGGCGAGCUGGUGGUCCUCCUGGACUACCUGCCCACCUCCAGCAAGCUGCUGGUGACCGUGGUGAUGGCGAGAGGCAUUCCGGACAAGGCACGCAGUGGCAUGGACACCUGGCAGGUGCACGCCGUGUUGCUACCCGCCAAGCGCCAGCGCCACAAGACGGUCAAGCGAGAAGCCGGCAGCGCCAAGCACGGCACCAAGGACACCGAGUGCGAGUUCGGCGACACCUUCCGCUUUGGCCACCUGGAGUCGUCCGAGCUGCCGGGCUGCGCACUGCGGCUGCGUCUGUACGCGCAGGGCCGCAUGAGCCGCGAGAGGAUGAUGGGAGAGGCCGUCUACCGGCUCGGCAAGCUGAACGCCUCUGGGACCAGCACCGGAGGAGAGAACCAGGUCAUCCUCACCCUGGAGCCACGCAGCAACCUGAGGAACGCGGGCUCUCUGCAGAGCCUUUCGACCGUGUCCCAGAGCGACAGUGCCUCCUCCAACCAGUCGCUGGCCCACGGCGGAGCCCCCGAGCUGCUGCUGGGGCUGGCCUACAACCCCACCACCGGCCGCCUGGCCGUGGAGCUCAUCAAGGGCAGCCACUUCCGCAACCUGGCCCUCAACCGCCCGCCUGACACCUAUGGCAAGCUGACGCUGCUCAACUCCAUGGGCCAGGAGAUCUCGCGCUGCAAGACGUCGGUGCGUCGCGGCCAGCCCAACCCCGUCUACAAGGAGACCUUCGUCUUCCAGGUGGCCCUCUUCCAGCUGUCGGACGUCACGCUCAUGGUGUCCAUCUACACGCGGCGCAACAUGAAGCGCAAGGAGAUGGUGGGCUGGCUGGCGCUGGGCCAGAACAGCAGCGGGCGCGAGGAGCUGCUCCACUGGCAGGACAUGCGCGAGAGCGGCAACCAGCAGGUCUGCCGCUGGCACCCGCUGCUGGAGGGCUAGGGGGUAGGCUGGUAAUG